AUGUCUGCUACACCUUUCAUGGAGUUUUUGAGUUCAGGAAUUUGGACAGCAUUAGCAGACAAAUACAAUUAUCAUAAAAAAAUUCUUUUAAUAUGUUCCUGUUCUGCGGCCAGCUUUAUAAUGUCCAUGCCUUUGAUUGGACAAAAUUUUGGUUUUAGAGGAUUAUUUGUUUUAUUUUUGAUCUAUGCUUCAUUUAGUGGUGGAAUAGCUCCAUUAAUUGAUAAUCUUUCAAUUGGAAUUUUGAAAAACCAAGGAAAACAAUCAGAAUAUGGUCGUCAGCGUUUAUGGGGUACCAUUGCUUGUGGUGUAAUUUCAUCAAUGUUUGGCAUUUUAAUUGACCUGACUACCAUUUAUAUAAUCUUUUUUGCUAUUUUAGGAUUAAGUCAAGUUACAAGUGUAUCAUUAGAAAUUGUAGUAUUUUAUUAUGCAAAACAAUUAUUAGAUUCUGUUGGUCCUAAAUAUAUGAUGAUUACAGGACAACUUGCUUCAAUUAUUAGAGUUGGAUUAUAUGGAUUUCUUAGCACUCAAUUAAAACCAUGGAUGGCAUUACCAAUAGAAAUGUUACAAGGAGCAUUGUAUUCAUUAGUUUGGACAUCUGGUGUAGAAAUUACCAUUAAUCUUGCACCAAAAGAGCUUCAAGCAACUUAUUUAGGAUUAUGUUCUGGUAUAUUUUAUUGUUUAGCUUCUGGUAUUGGAUCAAUUCUUGGUGGUCUUAUUUAUAGUGGAUCAAGCCCUGAGAGAAUGUUUCAAUGCAUGACAUUGUUGUCUAUAAUUGCUUUGGUGCUAUAUAUUAGUGGUGAAAAGAUCUUGUCUUCUGGUAAUAAAAAAUUGGAUCACCAUGAUGAUCAUGUACUACUACUAAACCAGUCACGAAAAAGUGAAGAGUUUCUUGAUGAUGAUGAUAUUGUUUGA